AUGCGCUCUGCGAGUAAACGCGGGCAAGCAAACUCCGCAAGAUCUGAUCCUACAAAGGAGAUUUCGGCAGAAGAGCUGGACAAAAUUCGUCUCGAGUCCUGCGGCGCUCCACGUUGGCCCUUAUCCACCGCGCCACGCUGUGACCUGUUGGACAAAGCACUCGAAAAGAUCAUAAAUUACCAAGUCCACCAGGGUCCUGCCUUGCCAGUGAACCAAAACGCCAACAGGGAUUUACCCGAAACGCCCCCUUCUACCCCUCUCCCUGUGCCCUACGAACUUAGUAUAGCCAACGUCUUUGCUCGAGAAGGAGAGGUAUUUUAUUUGUUGUUACGUCAGGCUACAUGCGAUAUGGUUGGAGUACCCUAUGUUGGCACUGAUUCAUGGUUCGAGGCCUACGCGAUUAGGGAACGGGAGAUGGAAAAGUCCUCUUUUGGGGCCAAGUUGUUGGAAGAAUGGCCGGGGAAGCGUUACUGA